GGAAUGAUUGAGAAGGAGAGAGAACGGACAAUUAAUUCUUUACAUUUCUUCCAUACUCCGCUCCCCUUGUAUUUUUUGGGGGAGAAUCAUCACAUCAGCUGAGCCUGUUCCUUGUUUCGCAAAUUUGAACAAGAUCCAUUGAAAAGAGGAUUGACUCGUGCCCCGUGACAACUCCAACACUGCAACACUGCAUGGACCGGCCGCAUGGAGAUCUGCAGGUAAUAUAAGAUUACGAUCGAUUACCACUGCAUCAAUACUAAAGCAAUAUAAAAUAAUAUAAGAUUACCUACGUGUAGUAGACAAUCAGAACGACAAAACUUAUUCUUUUCAAUUUGCUUUCGUUUUAUUUCGUCUCUAACCUUAUGACUACGGAUAUAUCUCCGCAACCAGAUCGAAGGCUUUGUUUGUGAAGGUCACUUUGGACAGUACGCGUCGGAUGGCGGGCUGGGAGAAGGAUGGUGUUGUUCGAAUACCUUCAGAAGACUCCACAGUUUUGUGCGGUUGAGAACAAUACUAUCGAUGGAUCUGCCAACAUUGAUGAUUAUAAAUAUGAGAGAGAGAAAGUUUCGGAACUCUCGGUGGGCUUAUUGGGAUCGGCCACGAGGAUUUUGAGAACCGGAGCCGAUGUCCUCAACAAUAAGAUACGACAAGCCCGAGAUGGGCUGACAGAGGAAGAAAGGCUAGCCUUGCGCAAGAAGGAAGAGAGAAUGCAAAUCUUGAAUCUAAGGUUGAAGAACGCCGAAACGGUAGAAGAUUGGAGGGCCGCCGCGAAGGAAUUAGAUAUACUCGAGGAUAACGAAGCAUGGAAACUCGAUUCAUCGUCGGCAGAUUUCGACGCAACGUUAAUCGAAGCAAGGACCAUACAAAUGGACACGGCGAGGAUUGAUUGUGAUAUCAAGAAGAUGCUUGCCUUGGUGCGCACAACCUUGUCGAGAGAUCUAGGAGGCAUGGGUAACAUCAGGUUGUACAAGCAUAGCCACAUCGGAACGAAGGUUAUCAUAGAGAGGUAUAUUGAGUCGACUUUGGAUACGAUACGCGCGCUGGUGGAGACUAGCAAAUACGCAUUACCGGUUGGAUUGGAAACGAAGGAUAUACUAGAGCAGGUUGUGUAUGCUAGACAGGCAUUUGGGAGAAGUGCGUUGCUAUUGAGCGGGGGAGGAACUUUUGGAAUGAAUCACGUCGGGGUGUUGAAAGCUCUUUUCGACGCUCGUCUGCUGCCAAGAAUCAUAUCGGGUGCUUCUGCAGGCAGUAUCGUUUGUGCCGUUCUGUGUACAAGAACUGAUGAAGAGAUCCCGGACGUAUUGAAAAGUUUCCCCCAUGGAGAUCUUGCAGUGUUUGAAGAAAUUGGCAAUGAGGAUGGGGUUCUGGAUAGGCUACGACGCUUGUUGACCGAAGGGGCGUGGAUAGAUAUCAAGCAUUUGACGAGAGUCAUGCGGGAACUUUUGGGUGAUAUGACAUUUCAAGAGGCGUACAAUCGCUCUCGUCGCAUUCUUAACAUCUGUGUAUCGUCCGCCUCGGUAUACGAGUUACCUCGACUGCUCAACUAUAUUACUGCACCGAAUGUCAUGAUUUGGUCGGCUGUAGCUGCAUCAUGUUCAGUGCCCUUACUAUUUUCUGCAGCAGAAUUACUCGUGAAGAAUCCUCUCACAGGAGAGAAAUCAUCUUGGGAUCCUACACCUCAGCGGUGGAUUGAUGGAAGUGUGGAUAACGAUCUUCCGAUGACUCGUUUGGCGGAAAUGUUCAAUGUCAAUCAUUUCAUCGUUUCUCAAGUCAAUCCUCAUGUCAUUCCAUUUAUCACCAAGGAGGAGGAGGAGAUUAAAGAAGCUGUAAUGAAAGAGGGUGAUGGGGGACCAGGCUGGGUUUACAACUUAACAAAACUGGCAAAGGCUGAAGCUCUGCAUCGCAUGCAAGUUUUGGCUGAACUAGGAGUAUUUCCAAAUCUGGUCACUAAAUGCAAGUCUAUUCUGAGUCAAAAAUAUUCUGGAGAUAUCACAAUCCUCCCAGAAAUCAGCUACAAGGACUUUCCCAGGAUACUGAAGAAUCCGACGUCGGAGUUCAUGGUUCAGGCUUGUUUGGCGGGAGAGAGAGCCACUUGGCCAAAAUUGAGUCGCGUGUGGAAUCAUUGCGCUGUCGAGCUGGAGUUAGAUGCUGCUGUGCAGCAAUUAAGGGCAAGGGUAGUUUUCAGUCCUAGUGAGGUGAAUUUGAGGCGAUUGACAACUGGUGAUGAUUCCCGAAAGUCUACAAGAAUAAUGGGAAGACAGAGGACUGAUAGUGGAAAUUUAUUGCUGAUGUCGCGGGAUGGAGAUGGUGAAUUUUCAGAGCAGAUUAGGGAACGCAGAAGCCCAUCUAGCCUACCACUAAGAACAACGGCAUCGGUAUUAGACAUUUCACAACGCCAACAGCCUUGCCUUUAUAUUGAGCCUCGAUCUUCUCAGACUACUCCACAGCGUACGCCACGACUCGGACGAGAAAAUGAGAUGUUUCGCUUCCCUGUUCUUGCGAAAGACUUAUUUCAAGCCAAGAGCCAAAUUCCUGAAGUCUCAUCCGCCGGAGAAACAACACUUUCACCUCCGAGCUCCGACGUUGAUGUUGAAUCACAAACCGAUGAAAGCAGUACGGAACUCGAGACCGAGGAAGCUUUAUAUGGCAUAGCAAACACCCGCGAGAGGCAGCUUGAUUUAUUUUCUAGGAAUCAACCCGUUACUGCAGGAAGGGAUCGGGUUCUUGCUACAUCCCCCUCAUUCGUAAGGAAUGGACCUGAAUUCACGUAUUCAGCCGCGGCCAUUUUACCAAUUGAGAAGAGACCGAGAGGAGAAAGAAAGAGUGUAACCGAACCGAAUAGUCCAGAGUUAAACUACAAGAGAUUAUUCCAUCAGUGGAAGGAAGACGAUUUGAGAGAUGCUGCAUAGAUGGCGAGGGCAUAUGAUACCAUUCUCCGCGCAAACUAGCGUGGUGUUAAUUUAAGUUUGAAUUUGUUACGAAUGAUUGGAUGAACAAUGAUUGGAAUUUAUGCAUGGAAUUGGGGUAAACGGAGUCUCUCUAUAGACCAGCAGAGGUCUGUCUCAAUUAUUGAGUAGUGAUGAUGCACUGGAUUGGCGUUUUUAUAUUCUUUGCAUCAAGAGCGAUUGGUUAGAAAGCAUGGUUGGAUUGUCUAUUUAGAAAGAGCUAGCACAAGAGGUUGAUUAUAAACUUCCCGGAAUCAUGAAUGAAUACGUACAUAUACAUAAUCGUACGUUGGAGAUCAGUAUAUUUAAUAUCUUGGUAUAAAUCGACCAAGUU